UAUGGCGGAUGGUGGUUUGCUUCUUGAUUGAAAUUAACUUGUGGAUUUUGAGCUACUUCAUAGCAGAUUUUCCCCCUGAUUUGAGUUAAACUGACUCUUAAAGUACAGUUCUGCCAUGAGGCACAGCAUGCCACCUCCUUUGAUGUCCCAGAGAGCUGUCCCACCAAAUCCAAGAGGCCCCCCACCUCGUGGGCCCACAGAGCAAGGUCCCAGAGGAUCUCUAUUAGGUCAACCACCUGGGGGUUUCAUGAGGGGACCAUUUGAUCCAAGGAAUAUGAUGAACAAUAUGAGACCACCUUUUGGAGGACCACAAGGCAAUGCUCCCAUGUUGCCAAAUAUGCAGUCAAGGCCCAUGAUGCCAAAUCAAAUGCCACCAAUGAUGCCAAAUCAGCAACAGAUGUCGAUGCAGAUGGCUCAGCAGCAGCUACCUCAGGGUAAAGAACCACCCAUGAUUGAUACCAAUGGGGACGUGUGGUUAGAACACAAGACUCCAGAAGGAAAAGUGUACUAUUACAAUGCAAGAACCAGAGAGUCUGCUUGGGAGAAACCCAAAAACCUUGUUACCCCACCCACACAAAAUCAGCAGCCUGCCCAGUCAGGACAGCAAUCGCUGCAGCCAGUCCAAGGACAGAACAUUCCUCCUGAAGGACAACAGCAACAAACACCAGCCACAGAGCAGGAAGCAAAGCCUGGAGAUACAAGUACCACACAGCAGAAUCCACAACAAGUGGUAACUCAGAAUGGUACUCAGCAGGCAGUAGGCAGUGCUAAUGUAACAGCUGAUAAACUACCACCACAAAACAAUCCUGGCAUGCCAUCACCUAGCCCAUUCCCAUCAAAUAUGCCACCUCCUCGACUGCCUCUUCCUGGAAUGAUUCCAGGUAUGAUGCCACCACGCCUUCCACCAGCAGGUAUGCCUCCCCCAGGUAUGCCUCCCCCAGGGCUGCCCCUGCCACCAAUGGGAAUGCCACUGCCUCCAAGGAGUGAUUGGUCUGAGCAUCGUGCAGCAGAUGGAAGGGUGUACUACUAUAACUCCAAGACUCUACAGUCUACUUGGGAGAGACCCAAGGAAAUGGACCAGCCACUACCUCCAAUGCCAGGGAUGCUUCCACCAGGCAUACCUCCCCCAGUAAUGAUGCCACCUGGAAUGUUUCCUGGGCUUGUUCGACCAGGAAUGCAACAAAAGCCUCCCCCUGUAGGAAGUACAGAAGUUGUGCCAGAUUCAACCUCUCAGGGUGAUCCUGGGGAUAGUGAGAAGUCCAAGGAAGCUGAAGCAAACGAGGAAAACAGUGAAGAAAACAAGACAGUGAAAGAUGAAGAAAAGGAAAGUGAUGAAGCUAAGAAGGACGAAGGCCAGGAAGAUGAUGGUGACAAGAGCAAACCUGUUGCCAGUCAACUAAUUCCAGGAACAAGCUGGUGUGUGGUGUGGACCGGAGAUGAAAAGAUGUUCUUUUUCAAUCCUACAACACGACUAUCCAUAUGGGAGAAACCUGAAGAGCUGGAGGAUAAUGAUAAAGUUGAUGAGAUUGUCAGCAAGGGACCUCCUAAAAGACAACCUUCGACUGAAUUAAAAAGAGAGAACAAGAUCUCAACAGAUGAAGACACAGAUGAAAGCCCUCCAGCCAAGAAACAAAGGACUGCAAGCCAGAGUGAGGAAGUUCUUGACGUGCAAAUGACAGAUGUGGAAACUAAGGAAGACGUGCUACAAUCAAAGCCCCAUGAAGAACAGGCUGUGCCAGCUGAGGAGCCUGUAGCUGUAGUCCAAGCAGCCAAAAAUGUACCCUUGCAGGAGAAGAAAAAGAUGCUUUCGCUUGAGGACAGAAUGAAGGAGUUCAGAGAUAUGAUGUUAGAGAGAGGGGUGUCAGCAUUUUCAACCUGGGAAAAAGAGCUGCCAAAAAUUGUAUUCGAUCCUCGAUUUUUAUUGCUGACCCAAAAAGAACGCAAGCAGUGUUUUGAAAGGUUUGUGCGCACUCGCGCAGACGAGGAGAGGCAAGAGAGAAAGAACAAGCUAAAGGCAAAAAAGGAUGACUUUAAAGUUCUGGUAGAAGAGGCUAGAACUGCUGGAAAAACUUCAUUCAGUGAGUUUGCAAUGAAGUAUGGUAAAGAUGAUAGAUUUAAAGGCAUAGAGAAGAUGAAAGAGAGAGAGAGUCUUUUUACAGAGUUCAUGGCUGAGCUGAAGAAGAAGGAAAAAGAAAAUCUGCGACUCAAGCAAGAUAAGAUUCAUAAUGAUUUCGAAGAGCUAUUGGUUGAACAGAAACUAGACAAUAAAGCUCAGUGGCGUAAGGUUCGCCACAAGAUAGAGAAAGACCCUCGCUACAAGGCAGUCGAAAGUUCUUCACAGAAAGAGGAGUGGUUUAAGGAACACAUUGAACAAAUUUACAAGAAAGAGAAUGCAGAUAAAGAGAAAGAAAAGGAGAAACAGGAAAGAAUAGAAGCAAGUCUCAGGGAACGAGAACGUGAAGUCAGAGCAAGCCAAGCUGAACUUGCCAAGGCCAGAGAGAAGGAGAAGGAACAGCAACUCAGGGACAAAGCAGAACAGCAUUUCAAUGCAUUGUUAGCUGAUAUGGUUCGCAAUGCAGAUGUUGGCUGGAAGGAGACAAAGAAAACUUUACGUAAAGACCAUCGCUGGGGAAUGGCUGAUGCUUUGAGUAAAAGUGACAAGGAAACACUUUUUAAAAGUCACGUAGAAAGUUUAAACCAUAGAAAAAAGGAGCAGUUUAGAAAACUAUUGGAUGAAACUCACGAGUUGACCCUUACUUCAUCCUGGCGAAGUAUUAGAAAACUGAUUAAAGAAGACUCCAGAUAUUCUAAGUUUUCAAGUCAGGAUAGAAAACGUGAAGAGGAGUUCAACCAAUAUUUGCGAGACAAACUGGCAGAUGCUAAAGGGGACUUUCGGCAAUUACUGAAAGAAACACAUUCGCUAACAUACAAAAAGACAAAAGAUACUUGAUUCUGGAAUGUGUUCCAGAAGAACGAAACAGAUUGCUCAAAAAUUACAUUGAUGAAUUGUUCAGAACUGGACCACCCCCUCCUCCUACAGCUUCUGCACCAUCAAACAGAUCCAAAAUGCAUUGAGAUAGAGCACAAGAACUGCACAAUGAAAAGUGACUUUUGCUCUCUGUCAUGUCAAGGAUGUUGGCCUGAAUUUCAUCACAAAAUACCCUCGAUACUUUUAUUCAGUUAACACAUAAAACUCAAAAUAGGUGGUUUAUUCAACCAGCCAUGUUUUAUUUAGAGUUAGAGUGGAAGGGUGACUCCACCCUUCCCCUUCUUCCUUUUGACCUCUUCCCCACCCUUUGGUACAAAUUUCUUUCUUUUUCUAGCCUUUACUUACUACAAAAAUCACAGAUGGAUGCAGCUAUAAUUUUCACAAAGAAAUGACUAAGCAUUUGCUGGACAAAAUUACACCUGUUCAGCAAGCUAACCUUUUCUUUUCACAAGCUAUGAUACGAUAUAUACAAUGUACUUGCAUCCAUCCAUACAUAUGUAUGCGCCAAUAGAAAUUGCAAAACACAACCAUCUUUAUGGCUAACCCAAAUACGGUAUAAUGUACAUGUGGCUUGUAAAACUGCAUAUUAAGGUUGUUUUGAGUUGUGCUGGCAAUCUUUAAGACAAUUCUAAUUUAAGAGUGUUUUUUAACCGAGUUGCCUUUCAAGAAGAGAUGUUUUACAAGCAUUUUGGCCUGUUUUGAUUGAUUUUUCCAGCAUUGUUUUGAGGUAAAGGGCAGCAUUCUAGUUGGGACUGAAGAGAGAUGUUCAGCAUUGCUUUUUAUAACUUGUGCCUUCCUCUUUGCUCUCUGUCCAUAAUAUUGUAAAUUUUACAAUCAACUCUGAAGAUCCCUCAUAUGUAGAAGAGUCAGUUACAGAGUAAAUUUCUUUAGGUAGAGUUUUUACCAAAUUUUCACAUAAAAAAAAUGCAAGAAAGUAGGAAAGAGCUCUUUUCCGUCUUAUUUGCUCAUAUCUUGGACAUAUAAGUCAAAAAUCUUAAUUAAACUUUUGAGAUUAUAUCCACUUUUUUUUCUUUAGUUAUUGUUAUGAUCCUUUGAUAUGCAUUUUAAACCUGUCUUUAAGCUGAGAGCUUCAAUUUUGGUACAAGUUUUAACUCUGUAUCUCCUAGAAGUGAUUAACCUGUAAAUUCUCCCCAUGAUAACCACACAUUAUCCAGCAAAUAGGUAUUGAGAAUACAUAAACUUAUCAGGUAGAAGUGGUCACUUGAUCUAACAGCAAUGUCAUUACUAUAUUGAAAGGAAAUAUGUAACAGCUAUGGGAGAGAAUUUACAAUCACAUCUUUGAAGUUGAUAGCUUAGGUGUUGCUUCUCAGUUUGUUCAUCAUUCUCUGUUGUCCUUUUGCAAUUUCCAUUCUAUCUUGUAAAGUCUAGAUCUUCACCCUUUCUUGUAGAGUGUGAUAAUAAAAAAUUCUUCUAAACAA